AUGGAAAUCGAAGAUAAAGAAAUCAAAAUUUUAUUUACGGCACUAAAAAUUCUUUACCCUAAAUAUCACCCGUUUUGGUUUAUAUUUUAUAUGUACAUAUGGUACUUAAGAACUAUAAAAAGACAGUUAAAGUGUAAUGUGCAACCCGUAUCAAUAGAUUUUAUAACAAAAAAUAUAAAUGGAAAACAUUUGUUUAAAGAUUUAAAUCACACAGUCGUAGUGCAUCCAGAAAAUAUUUAUUUAAGUGACAAAGUGUUAAAAUUAUAUUGUGAUAAAUCCAAAAAUUUUACAAUUGUUUACCCAAUUGCAGACUCACGUUGUAAAAAAAACGAACUGUUAGUUUCAGACACGUUCUAUCUUAACUUGCUUAACUUAAAUCUUAUCAAUAAUUUAAGAUUACUUAAUUAUAACAUUAAUUGUUUAAAAUUUGCCGAUGAAAUCAAUAUUUCGCUAGUAAGUUCUCCAUUUGACAUAAAUAAUUCUUUAUCAGAUUCGAUUAUAGAACGAUUUUUCAAAACUCCAAAAUUAGUCCGUAGAGGUGAUUUAAUUGAAAUCAAUAUCAAAUAUUCCGCGGAAGAAAUUUAUUAUUUAAAUAGUAAAAUUAAUAAUGUACAUAGUGUUUUUUACAAAUGUAAUAAAGUUAUUUAUAAAAACGAAGAAGUGACCGGUACAUUUUGUUGUGUCAUUGGAGAAACUGCGGUAAAGCAAGGUAUUAAUAUACAAAGAUUUUUACCUAAAAAAACUAUGAAAUUUAUUCCAAAGAAUGACGAAUUCUUUAAACAAUUGCCAAUUGUUCCCUAUGGACUUCAAAAAUAUUUCGAAGAUAUACAAAUUGCUGUAAAACCGUUUUUAAGAAAAGCAAAAUUGCCUUUAAAACCAGCCUUUUUAUUAGUCGGCAACGUAGGUAGCGGAAAAGAGCUCUUGAUUGCCGCUUUAGCAGACCAUUUGGGAAUGCAUUAUUAUAAGAUAGAUAAUUUCGAAUUGAUGGCCAAUGUUUAUGCACAAAACGAGACAAAGUUACACAAUGCAUUUUUUAAUGCAAAGAUGGCAGCACCUUGCAUUAUUUCCAUGCAUAAUUUUGAGAAUUUCGGAAAAAAUAAUGACGGCCAAUACGACGAACGUAUCAUGGGCAACUUCGCAGAUGAAUUAGAAAAACUAAUCGACAAAAACGAUUUUCCUGUAAUACUUUUCUGUUGUGCCAGUCAAAAAAAUGUACCAUACGAUCUACAAAAGUUAUUUUUAGAAACUUUUGAGAUAAACGCUCCAACAGAGAAGCAGCGCGAAGAAAAUUUGAAAUGGAUUUGUGAACAUCGAAGUUUGGAGUUCGUUGUUAGUUUUUCUGAAAUUGCUAGUAGGACGCAUGGAUUUUUUUAUGCAGAUCUAAAGGCUUUGGUCUAUUAUGCUGAAAGGAAUUCCGAAAAAAAUGAUGCUGAUUUCGAAAAAACUGUUACAAAUGAUAAUUUCUUCACAGCAAUAGAUUACAUGCAAAAGAAUUACAACGAAAGUAUAGGAGCCCCUAAAGUACCGAAAGUGCUUUGGUCCGAUGUUGGUGGGUUGAGUGAUGUAAAAGAGGAAAUUAUUAAAACUAUCAAUCUUCCAUUAAAACAUCCGGAUUUAUUUAAAAAAACGGGGCUUAAAAGAUCAGGUAUAUUACUUUUUGGGCCACCCGGUACUGGAAAAACGUUAAUUGCGAAAGCCGUUGCUACCGAAUGUAGUCUUUGUUUUUUGUCAGUUAAAGGACCGGAAUUACUGAAUAUGUAUGUCGGGCAAUCUGAACAAAAUAUUAGAGAAGUAUUUAAAAGAGCUCGCGAGGCAUCUCCAUGCAUAAUCUUUUUCGACGAAUUGGACUCCCUUGCUCCUAAUAGAGGUUUGUCUGGAGAUUCAGGCGGCGUCAUGGAUCGAGUUGUGUCGCAACUUCUCGCCGAGAUGGAUGGAUUAAAUGAUGAGUCAGUUACAAUAUUUAUCGUUGGAGCAACCAAUAGGCCGGAUUUAAUCGAUCCAGCUUUGUUAAGACCUGGACGAUUCGAUAAAUUAUUAUACAUUGGACCAUGCACAGAUGACAUUUCAAAAAUAUCAGUUCUAAAAGCUCUUACAAAUAAAUUUAAACUCGAUAAAGAUGUAAAUUUUGAAGAAGUAUUAAAAGUGUGUCCAAAUAAUAUAACCGGAGCGGAUUUUUAUGGUAUCUGUUCAAAUGCUUGGUUAUCGGCUGUCAGAAGACUUAUCCAAGAAAUCGAAAACGGUAUAUUCUCAUCAGAACUGGUAACCUCAGAGAACGUAAUUGUUAAUUUUAAAGAUUUUAAGGAUGCUAUGGUGGAUGUAAAACCUUCAAUCUCUUCCAAAGAUUUGUUAUAUUUUGAUAAAUUAAAACAAGAAUUGUGUUCAAAUUUCUAA